UAUUAGGUCUAUGGUUGCUACUGUCUAUCAACUGUAUCAACUUCAAAUUUACCAAAACCUUAGAAUAUAGAUAGAUUAUUAAUGUUCUAAGAUCAAAACAUUGCCCAUUAGCCCAUUCAAUAACAUCAGUUGAGAAAUAUCGAUUCCAUAAUUCGAACUUAGCGGUUUUGAAGUGAACUAUGUUCAAAUACUUAGAAACACCAUCAGCUAAUUCCAUUUUCGGGAGGGUCAGAAAAAAUGAGAUCUUGAUAGCAAAGCUCAGUGAUGAUAAACGUAUUUCUCUUCAUCUACGACAACGGGAGGCUAAGGAUAGACAAACAGCUAUAAAAUUCCAUCAAGGUUAUACGGCACAACCAUUGGGUAGGUUGAGUAUAACUGUAGUACAAGCUAAAUUAGCUAAAAACUAUCGUAUGAUCCGAAUGGAUCCUUACUGUAGCUUGAGAGUGGGUCACAACAUUUAUGAAACAAAUGCUGAUUCAGAUGGAGGAAAGACACCCAAGUGGAAUAAAGUUGUGCAAUGCAUGCUUCCUAGAGGGAUAAAUGCAAUAUCUGUUCGAAUAUAUGGUGAAAGCGAACUUGAAGUGGAUGAACUGAUAGCUUGGGCAACAAUUGUCAUUCCUCAACAGGUGUUGGCUGGAGAAACUCAUGAAGAUUGGUAUCCUUUGACAGGAAAACAAGGAGAAGGAGUAGAGGGAAUGAUUCACCUUGUACUGAGCUUUGCUGUGAGCCCUCCAUCCGAUGCACCAUCCAUUGAACAACCCAUUGUGUAUGUACCGAAUGCGGGUGUUGGAACUGGAAUGCAACCAACUUUAUUAGGAGGACCCACCCCUGCUCCCUUAAGAGUUUAUACUGCCCCAACUCCACAAGUUCCAGUAAAACCAGUUUUGAGCGAGUCUGAGUUGAAACAAAAGAAGAAAUAAGGAGGGAACCGUCAAUUCACUACUGCAAAUGUCUGUAGAUUAACUCCAAAAUAUCAUCUCUCAUUCCCAUCAAUUAAUAUAAUAGUCCAUUUCAUCCCUUAAUAUGCAAGAUAUUUCCUAAUUGUUUAAAGUUAAUACGAAACUAAAUUAAUAGGUGUUAGAUAACUAUUUUUGGCCUCAACAAAUGUUAAUUGUGAUGUUUAGUGUAAACUAGUUUGGAUUCAGCUCAAAGAAAAUAAUAUUUCAUGAAAUAUUUUCAAAAGAUGCAAGCUACAAAUGAAGUUGAGGAACUAUAUACCAGAUUUGAAGAUUUUUUUGAUAUUGAGUUUGGAUUUUUAAAUUUAUCAAGUUCAUCCGAUUAUACAACUCCCAACACUUGAUGAUAGAGUUAUCAGAUAUUUUUUCAGUUCACUUAUUCAAAAGAUUGCUCAUUUUCAAAGAGAUAUAAAUAUCUUUGUUUCUAAUUCAUUAGAAAUUUUUUUAAUGUUAAAUUCCAUAGUUAUCAAUAUAUUCAUGGUGUCCAUAUGGGCUAACUAUUACAUUUAUCUAUGAUAUAUUAUUCCGACGUCACUUCUCAUUUUUAGCAACACUAAUACACCUAAUUUUUCAUUUGUGUAAGAAGAAGAUUAUCUUACUGUUAUCGAAGCUUGAGGUGCCAAAUUUCAUUGAUGAACUGCUUGAUUGCAAACAUUUGUAACUUCAGAUUUCACAUUUAUUAUUUCUAUUAUCUUCUAAUGUUAAAAUUAUAGAUUGACUGAAAAAGAGAUUUUAUACAAUUAUUCAUUAUUAACCAAAGAAAAUCAUGUAUGUUUCAGUUGUAACAUACAGCCAAUGGCUUCAUUUAUUUUUCAUUUUUACUCCAUAAGAAACAUAUGUAUGUAGUUAAUGCCAUAAUAUAAAUGUGAGUCCUAGGAUUUUUUGAUUUGCAAUUGAAAUCAAAGGAAUCUGAUGCAACAUCCUUUCACUUGCUAGCUUUUUCAAGUAAGAAAACGAAUUGUUUUACCAAAAAGUAUAGUUCUCUAAUUUCAAGCAGAUAGUAGUCAGAAGCAAAAUAAUGGAACGAAUAUCCAUGUAAAAUUUCCUGAGGAUCAUAGCUUUAGGAAAUUAAAAAAUUCUUUGUGAAAUUUCUCUCCAAGUCUAUGCGUCAGAUAACCGAAAUUUUGUGUGUACCUGAAUGAAUUUCAUAUGUAGAGUGAGAUACUUGCAUAUUAAGUUUAAUAGGUUUUAUACAGGAAAGAAUUUUCAUGAUCUCAUUACACUCCCACCUCAGAAUAUCUUUCAUUGCACAGAUUGAUUAAUUUCAAAUAAUGUUUUCAGCUAUUUGCAGAGAAUGUGGAAGAAAGGUUAAUAUACAGAUAUGAAUAUUUUAACAAAAUAUUCAAUUACAACCAAAAUAGACAAAUUUGAAUAUUUGUAUUCCAUUAGUUGUAGCUUUUAGCCAAUAUUCAAAACUUAUAUCGUUAAUUGCAUGCACACUUUUUUGUUUCCUCAAAAAAAUGUUUCUAAAAAGUGACAACUUGUAUUGUGUUGGAACUUUGCAGUUGCAUGUUUUUUAACGCUCGUUCUCAGAACAGAUCGCUCAUCAUUUCGUUGCAAUAUCUGUAAUUUUCGAAUUUUGUGCCGAGAAUGGUCUCAAAUGAUAAAGUUCGAAUCACUCUUGGACAGAAAUACCUACAAAUUUAAAAUUUUCAGGGUUGGUUCGGAUCUAGAAUGCUCAGGUAAAGUUCAGAACGUUAGAAAAUUCAAAAAGAAUAACCCAAUAUUUCCGUGAUUAGAAAUCUCCUCGGAUUUCGAUUUUACGUUUGUUUUAAGAAUAACCAUUUCAAGCUUCUUGCAGAAUUUCAUUUUGCACAUUUGCAUGACGUGAAGUCAGAGGCUUCUGCAUUCAUGUGCCCUUGGAGACCACAUAUUCCUGUAUACAGUUAUGCGGCCUCCAAGGGGACGCAAUUGGGAAAUGAGUGAAUUACCGCUCCUGACUUCAGGUAAAUUUUUUCAUUAUUCUCAUAAACACGCAUCAAGGCUCCUUACAUAUUCAUCAGUUCAAGUCAAUGUUUUCCGAGUCUUUACAUAACUGAGUCGAUGUUAUGCUACCAUAAAUACUUAAAAACGUCGUGAGUCUAUACAUUUUCUUCUGGAAAUCCUUAUUAUUACAAUUUUCACCUGUAUUGAAUAUCGUACGAAUAUCAAUAAGUUCCAAGUUGAAUUUUCUUUUAGAAUUCUUUAAAAAUGGGUCAAGUGAGAAAAGCCGAAAAAAGGAUUGCUUAUAUGGUUCUUUUGAUGAUCAUCCUUUUUAUGGUAGCCUGGACACCUUAUGCAGUCUUAGCAUUACUUAUACAAUUUGGAGAUGCGUCCUUUAUAUCUCCAGGGAUGAGAGUCAUUCCGUCCUUACUGGCUAAAAGCAGUAUCUGCUAUAACCCAAUAAUAUAUGUUGGUUUGAAUGGGCAAUUUCAGCAAUCUUGGAGAAGAAGGAAGCAGAAUUCAUCGAAUAUGAGCGAGAGUUAUGCCGUUUGUGUAUCGAAAUACAUUCCACAAAAUACAGAUAGUCCAUUGAAAAACCAACGUAGUAUAAACUCUCCUGGAAUAGAAUUGAAGGGAAAUAGCCGAAGAAGAAUUCAAAAAUUAACAACUCAAAUCCAAAAAGUUAACAGUGUUCGAAAAAAUCCGCAAAACUGUCAAGUAACUCAAUUAUGAUUUAUGUUGCUUAUUUUUUCUUACAAGUACUUAGUACAUACUGAUGACGAGAAUUUGUUAGCUAAUAAAUAUUUUGAAUUGAUA